AAAUCGACAAAGCAAGGGUGUGAAGAAGAAGACGAAGAAAAAGUUGGGAAACCAAAUUGACGCAGAAGCUAGAAAUUAUCUAAAGGUUUAGCCUUUCCAAUCCGAUCAAAAUCACCGAGAGAAAAAAAAACACUGUUUACUUUCUUCUCCAUGUGAAUGAAUCUCUUCAAUUGAAGAAGAAGAAGACAAUCGUCAAAUGCUUGACUUUGGUUUCAGUUCUUCUUCACCACAGCUCAAGUUCAUGAUCUUUCUAAGAUCAUAAUCUUUGAGAGAUAGUAGGCCUCUAUCUAAUGCAAAUGACCUUGAAAUUCUACUAGGAAGAUCGGUUCUUUGAUGGGAUGGGACACCAAAUCACCAUGGGUUGUGAUGCUAUCAAAUACUAGUUCGUGUUAUCUUCAGAAUAAAUAUCAUGGCAUCUUCUGGACUGGGAAAUGGGGUAGGCAGUUCGAGAUCUGCCAAAGGUUUAAAGAGCUCUUCUAGUUCGGUCGAUUGGUUGACAAGAGACUUGGCUGAGACAAGGAUAAGGGACAAGGUAGAGACCGAUGAUGAGAGAGAUAGUGAACCAGAUAUUAUUGAUGGGGCUGGUGCUGAACCUGGUCAGGUGAUUAGAACCACUGUCCGUGGUCGAAAUGGCCAAUCAAGACAGACAGUCAGUUAUAUAUCAGAACAUGUUGUUGGUACUGGUUCCUUUGGCAUGGUUUUCCAAGCUAAAUGUAGGGAAACUGGGGAGGUUGUUGCCAUCAAGAAGGUUCUACAAGACAAGCGUUACAAAAACAGGGAGCUACAAAUAAUGCAGAUGCUAGACCAUCCCAAUGUCGUUGCUUUAAAGCAUAGCUUCUUCUCAAGAACAGACAAUGAAGAGGUUUAUUUGAAUCUUGUCCUUGAAUUUGUGCCUGAGACUGUCAAUCGUGUUGCAAGAAGUUACAGUAGGACGAAUCAACUGAUGCCACUGAUAUACGUUAAACUUUAUACCUAUCAGAUUUGCAGGGCACUUGCUUACAUUCAUAAUUCCUUCGGUCUUUGUCACCGUGAUAUUAAGCCUCAAAACCUGCUAGUGAACCCACACACGCAUCAGCUAAAAAUCUGCGAUUUUGGGAGUGCAAAAGUGUUGGUAAAAGGAGAACCCAAUGUUUCAUACAUCUGUUCAAGAUAUUAUCGUGCUCCAGAACUCAUUUUUGGUGCCAGUGAAUAUACAACUGCAAUAGAUAUAUGGUCCACUGGUUGUGUGAUGGCCGAACUGCUUCUUGGACAGCCUCUGUUUCCUGGUGAGAGCGGAGUCGAUCAGCUUGUGGAAAUCAUUAAGGUUUUAGGUACACCAACAAGGGAAGAAAUCAAGUGCAUGAAUCCAAACUACACAGAAUUUAAGUUUCCCCAGAUAAAACCUCAUCCAUGGCACAAGGUAUUCCAAAAACGCUUGCCACCAGAAGCAGUUGAUCUUCUUUGUAGGUUCUUUCAAUAUUCCCCUAAUUUGAGAUGCACUGCUUUGGAAGCUUGUAUUCAUCCGUUAUUUGAUGAGCUAAGGGACCCAAACACUCGUCUUCCCAAUGGCCGACCACUUCCUCCACUUUUCAACUUCAAACCGCAAGAGCUAUCUGGCAUCCCUCCUGAGAUUGUGAACAGGCUUGUCCCAGAGCAUGCCCGUAAACAGAACCUCUUCAUGGCUUUGAAUUCGUAAGACGCUUAUCGGUUUUUGCAUCUGUAUAAGCUCUCUCUUGAUAUCAGAUAUUUGGAACAGCCUCUUGGCUUUUGGUUUUGGCGAGUUCUUUUUCUUCCUUUGUAUGGUUUAUAUGGAGAUGAGGAUGCAUGUAUACAAACAGUACUUGAGGUUUGCUGGUUAUAAACCACUUGUUUGUUUCACAGCCACCAUAUAUAACCGUUUCUAUCACAAAAUGGAUUCUUUUUGAAGCA